UUGUGGGACUGGGGACCUUGCCCUGGGGAGGGAGCCGUCCCCUGAGGAGAAAGAGACAGCCUGGAUGAAAGAAGAGGGUAUUGGGGAGAGAGGGAACUCCCCACUUUUUAAGCAUCCCUUCCUCCUAUCUCCCCCAGAAACCAGUUGAAAGAUGGUGAACACUGGUGACCUGGGUUGGGGCCUCAGCCCUGGCAGCCUGAGAGUCUGGCUCCCCCGGCUAAACUCCACAUUGGGCAUCCUCCCAGCCACCCUGGGGGUAAUGCUGCCCCCUGCCCCCGUGAAACCAGCCGAGUCCCAAUCUUCUGGCUGCUUGUCUAUCUUUCCUGUCUCACAUGUAGCCUUUCUGUCCUCCAAGGCUGCCACACUAUUAGGAGAACUACAUCCCGUAGGUCCUGGACUUCUGCUUACUGCUUGCUUAGGUCCCUGGUCACUGACACUGAUCACUAUUUCUGCCUGUCACUCAGAGUCCUGCUGCAGGUCACCAUUGCACGUAACUAUGUACAAUAGUGUCACAUUUUCAGUUGCUCAAAAUCACCAUUUCAUGGCCAUCGUGUCUGUCUGUCACACAUGUCAUUGUCACACCAACAGGCCAUCACCUACAACAGUUCUAGAUGACAGGUUAGGGACUUCUAGGGACAGUUAGAUGUACAGGUGACUCUCUUCUGCAUCCACGUUCACUCAGUCACAACUAGCAACACACUUCAUUCAUUUACCUCCCAUCUGCUGGGCACCUGCUGGGAUUCUGUGGUACAUAAGAGGACAAGCCCCUGCCUUCAGGAAUCUUCGGCUCCUGUGUGGGAGGCCAAAGCCAACAUCAUGCAUGGUUUCCAUGGGGUGCUAGGAGGGGCUGCAUGUGUGAUGAACACAGCUCUAACCUCCUGGCUGACUGCUAACUGACUCAGCCCUGGGCAAUCCCCAUCUCCCUUCCCACGACCACCUUACACAGUGCACUGUGAGCACACCAGGGCCUGAGUGGCCCUCGGGGGCCCUGGACACCACAGCAGAGUAAGAGCCGCUCUGCCAGUAGCUCUGUGCCUCUGAUUCUACAACUCUGUGUUUCUCCUCUGCCCUCGCUCACCUCGCUCUGCCAGGGAGGAGUGCAGGGGCCAGAGUAGCAGAGUCACUAUCACACCAGGGGCCCAAGGGAGAGACUCAGAAAGAAGUGAUUGGGUGUCUAUUCAGCAAAGCAGCAGCAAGGAGGGAAAGCUGCAGCUGGCAGGGUUUAAGUUAAAUGCACAAAGACUUCCGUGCAGGAAAGAAUGACCAAACCUCACACACACAUUUCUGAAGGAGUUGUGCAGGGGAGCCCCAGGGGUCGAUGGCAAUCUGCUGAGAUGUAAGAAAAUCAACAGAACAGAGAGCCUGCCUUCCUCCAAUACCUCAUGUUUGUCUCCCUCCUCUGCACACUCAGAACCAUAGAGUCCAAACCUAAGUGACCCAGGUCAGUUUGCAGAGUCUCUGUGUUAGAGGUCAGCCCAGUUUCAAGAAUCUGUCAAGAGUGCUUAUGCCUCAUUUGACCAAUGCUCAGGCCAGCUGACCUUGUCACUUGCUGCACUCUGUCACAGUCCUCAGAGACAGUUCUUGUGUGCACUCUGUCUUGGAUUUAUAGAACUUUGUCUCUCUGCAGAGCCUGGUUUUGCCCAAAGCCUCUGUUUUCAGACUCCGGGGCUCUUUCAACAGUGGGUCCCAGUUUCCCUGGGCAUUAGAUUUGCUUUCCCUGCAGAAGCUUUUGUGCAUGCUCAGCUCAUCCCUGUCUGCAGAACUUGUCUGGUGCCUUUGUCUGGGACACAUUUUUCUACAUAAAGACACUGCCCCUGUUUGCAAAGCUUUGUCUGUUCAAGCAGCACCUGUCCCCCUUAGCAGAAACAGUUCCUUCCACGUGAGUGUCUCUACCUCAGACUGUGUCCCUAAUGACAGGAGCUCUUUCUAUCUCGGGCCUGGGUUCUCUCUGUGGUCUAUGGGUAGCAUCUUUGGCAUUUGUCAGGACUUGUGCCUGUUUGCCCAGCCUAUCUGAAUUUCCCUGGGUAGAAACUGUCUUCUUGUAGGAUUUUUUCUGAUGAAGUUUACCCUGCUGGGGGGUGGGAGGGCUCUGUCUGUCUGGGAGCAUAAGUGUCUUUCUGCAAAGCACACCCCUAUCUUCAGAGCCUUUAUCUGCAAAACUCUAUUCCUAUUUCCAUGUGUACCUGUUAGAGACCCUUUCCCUAUUUACAGAACAUUUACCUGUCUCAAAACUGAUCUUCUUCUGUAAAGCCCAACCCAUUUGCAGGGCACAGGGCUUAGGGCCCUCCACAGAACCCAGCCCUGCUUCAGUCUUGCCUACAUGUGGAGAAGAUGUGCUGGCACACAAAGUUGACUCCUGCCACUCCUUCGGCAGCUCCUCCUUCUCUGGAGGAACCACCACUGUUUAUAGAACCUGUCUGUCUGAAGACCCUGUGUUGGCUUGUAAAAUCUCUUAUCUGCAAAUCACGUCUCUGGAUUUUCUGUUUACAGGGCCUGAGUCUUUUUUCAGAGCCUGAUCUCUUUUUAGAGCUCAUGAUUAUUUUCCUGGCCUAUUCCCAUCUCCCUGUAAGUAGGAAUUGAGUCUGUUUGCAGAGGCUACCCUGCAUACAGAGCACGCUCAUGCCAAACAGAGCCUGCCUCCAUCUGCGAGGCCUUUCUCUGGCCAAAAAUGGGACACCUGUUUGCAGAGCCUUGCCCAUCUAUGAACUUGUCCAUGUCUGCAGAGUCUGUCCUUUAUACAAAGAGUCCCUGUCUUGAGGCUUGUCCCCAUGCACGUUGGCAGAGCCUUUCCCAGUUUGCAAAGCUCCCACAUGCCUGCAACACCCAUAACUGUUUGUAAAGCCUUUGUCAGUGUUCACAGUCAUUGCUGGUUUGCGCAGCCUGUCUCAAUUGUCCUGGGAUGUGCCUGUGUCUGCUGCACAGGCCGUCCUUGCACACACACACACCAUCAUUUCCAUCAAGAGAACCGGAGACUUUGCAACCCUUUCUUCAGUCUGAGGAAACUGUACCUGCUUGCAAAGCCUUCACCUGUUUGCAAGCCUUUUUCUGUCCUCAGAGCCUGUCACCGUGUAGGUCCCUGCUGUUGGCAUAGCCUGAUCCUAACUUUGCCUGGAAAACCUGUGUCUAUUUGUAGCUCGAUUGUGUGUGCGGAGCCUGUCUUUGUCUACAGGAUUGAGUUCUAUUUCAAGAGCCUGUCCCUGUUGGCCGUCUGUCCCCGCCUGUUGAAUCUGUUCCUACUGGCAGAGCUUUUGCCUGAUUGUAGAACCUACCAUUCUCUGCAGCAAGUGCCCCAGAAAGCAGAUCCUGCAUCUGUCUGCAUAGUCUGUUUCUAACUCCCUAUUUGCAGCGGUUGCUGGCUUCAAAGCCUGCCCCUGCCCAGAGAGCUCAGCCCUGUUCUAAGAGCACACCCAGGUCUCUGUUUGCAAAGUCUCCGUAUCUGGUCUACAGUGCCUGUCCUGGUUUUCUGAUGCCUGUGUGUUUACAGAGCCCUCCUAAUGAAAGUCACACUUCAUGACGAAGGUGCUUUGGAGAGCUGUAGGUGGGAAGAAUUCUUGUUUGGAGCCCGGAGAACAGGUGGCCAGAAGGUGGACCUACCACUUGAGAACUCUGGCUCUUGUUCCCUGUGUCCUCUCUCUUUUCUGCUUGGUUUAGGAUGAACAAUAACAAGGGCCUCCCAGCCAUCGACAGCCACAGAGACCUCCACAUAUGGAUCAUCGAGAACCUAAAGAUGGUGCCAGUACCUGAGAAGGCUUACGGGAACUUCUUUGAGAAACACUGCUAUAUCAUCCUCCAUGUCCCCCAGAGCAAAAAGGCCACACAGGAAGCAUCCAGCGACCUGCACUACUGGAUCGGGAAGGAGGCAAGCACAGAGGCUCAGGGCGCUGCAAGCACCUUUGUGCAGCACCUGCAAGAGGAGCUGGGGGACCGGACAGUGCAACAUCGGGAAGUGCAGGGCCAUGAGUCCGAGUGUUUCCACAGCUACUUCCAUCCGGGAGUCAUCUACAGGAAGGGGGGCCUAGCCUCUGACGUCAAGCAUGUGGAGACCAACAUGUACAACAUCCAGCGACUGCUGCACAUCAAAGCGAGGAAGCACGUGUCUGCCACCGAGGUGGAGCUGUCUUGGAACAGCUUUAAUAAAGGAGACAUCUUCCUGCUGGACCUGGGCAUGGUGAUGAUACAGUGGAAUGGGUCCAAGACCAGCAUUUCUGAGAAGUCUCGGGGCCUGGUUCUGACCUGCAGCAUCCGGGACAGGGAACGUGGUGGUCGUGCACAGAUUGGCAUAGUGGAUGACGGAGUUGAAGUCACUGACCCCACGCAUAUCAUGGAGGCUGUGCUGGGUUGCAGAGUGGGCAAUCUGCCUGCAGCCAUGCCCACCAAGAGUAUUAACCAGCUGCAGAAGGCCAAUGUCCGCCUCUACCAUGUCUAUGAAAAAGGCAAGGACUUGGUGAUACAGGAAUUGGCAACCCGCCCCCUAACCCAGGACCUGCUGCAGGAGGAGGAUUGCUACAUCCUGGACCAGGGUGGCUUUAAGAUCUACUUAUGGCAGGGACAUAUGUCCAACGUCGAGGAGAAAAAGGCUGCCUUCAGCAGGGCUGUGGGCUUUAUCCAGGCCAAGGGCUACCCGACCUACACCAACGUGGAGGUGGUGAACGACGGCGCCGAGUCCGCGGCGUUCAAGCAGCUCUUCCGGACGUGGACUCACGAGCUGGGCAGGAAAAAGCUGGACCGCACAGGUAGAUCCACUCAGGUAAAGCUGGACGUGGGCAAGCUGCACAGCCAGCCAGAGCUAGCGGCCCAGCUCAGGAUGGUGGACGACGGCUCUGGGAAGGUGGAGAUGUGGUGCAUCCAGGACUCAGGCAGGCAGCCCGUGGAUUCCAAGCAUCAUGGACAGUUGUGCUCAAGCAACUGCUACCUCAUCCUCUACACAUACCAGAAACUGGGCCGCAUCCAGUACAUCUUGUACUUAUGGCAGGGCCACCAGGCCACAGCAGAAGAGACCAAAGCCCUGCACUCUAAUGCUGAGGAGCUGGACCACCUGUACCAGGGAGCUCUGGUGCAGGAGCAUGUGACAAUGGGCAGUGAGCCUCCCCACUUCCUUGCCAUCUUCCAAGGCCAGCUGGUGAUCUUCCAGGGGAGCACUGGGCACCACGGGAAGGGGCAGCCAGCCUCUGUCCCCAGGCUCUUCCAUGUGCAAGGCACUGACGGCUACGACACCAGGACCAUGGAGGUGCCAGCCCGAGCCCCGUCCCUCAACUCCAGUGAGGUCUUCUUGCUAGUCACAGCUGGUGUCUGCUACCUCUGGUUCGGGAAGGGCUGUAACGGUGACCAGCGUGAGAUGGCACGGACAGUGGUCACUGUCAUUUCCGGGAAUGACAAGGAAACGGUGCUAGAGGGUCAGGAGCCUCCCCACUUCUGGGAGGCCCUGGGGGGCCGGGCGCCCUACCCCAGCAGCAAGAGGCUCCCGGAAGAGGCCGCCAGCUUCCAGCCACGACUGUUUGAGUGCUCCAGCCAGAAAGGCUGCCUGGUCCUCUCAGAAGUGGUGUUCUUCGGUCAAGGGGAUCUGGACAAGUAUGACAUCAUGUUGCUGGACACCUGGCAGGAGAUAUUCCUGUGGCUUGGUGCUGCCGCCAGUGAGCGGAAGGACGCGGUGGCCUGGGGCCAGGAGUACCUGAGGACCCAUCCAGCAGGGAGAAGCCUGGCCACGCCCAUCGUGCUGGUCAAGCAAGGCCACGAGCCGCCCACUUUCACAGGAUGGUUCUCCACUUGGGACCCCUACAUGUGGUCGAACAACCAGUCCUAUGAGGAGGUGGUGAAGAGUGGGGUCUCCCACUUGGGAACAGAAUCUGCCAUCUCUGGGAUCACAGCAGAAAUCAACAAUUUCCAGCUAUCCCAGUGGCCAGGCGAGAGCAGAGCAGGUCCUCCAGACCUGCCAGCCAUCAAAGACACCCAGGACAUCUCAGAGAUGGAGUUGGGGCCCAGGGUAGGCGGCAGAAGUGCCAGCACCAGCAUCAGCACCAGCAACAGCAGCAGCAGUGUCAGCUUGGUCGACAGUGGGAGCCUGCCCCCUGAACGGCUGAGGUACCAGGCCGUUGAGGACCUUCCACAGGGUGUGGACCCCACCCGCAAGGAGUUCUAUCUCUCAGACGCUGACUUCCAAGACAUCUUUGGGAAAUCCAAGAAGGAGUUCUACGGCAUGGCCAAGUGGAAGCAGCAGCAGGAGAAAAAGAAGCUGGGCUUCUUCUGAGUCCGGGGGGCUCUGCUCACACCCCCAGGCCCCCUCACCUUUGCCAAUAAAAGGCAGUGGUGUGCA